CAUUCUGUUUGUUUUUUUUCUUUUCAGAUAAGUCCAGCCAUGUGGGCAGGACUGGGACUGGCUCUGGUUCUCUGCCUCCUCCCAGGAGGGUGGGCAGAGAGCCAGCGGUGCCAGGAGCCCCCAGAAUGGCACAUUGGGGAGGAGAGCCCAAUGCUGAACUCCAGGGGGUCGGUGGCAGUGGUGGCUCUCCUCCAAGCUAGCUGAUACUUGUGCCUGCUGCAGGCUUCCAGAUUGGAGGACCUGCGAGUGAAGUUAGAGAAUGAAGGACUGGUCAAUAUCUCAUAUGUGGUUGUCAACCAUCAAAGUCCUCAUUCCCAAAAGAAAUUUCACCUACUGCAGGAAAGUGUGUCAGACCACAUUGCUGUCUACCAACAAGAUGAUCACCAAGCUGAUGUCUGGACUACUUUGAAUGGAAACAAAGAUGAUUUUCUCAUCUAUGACAGAUGUGGUCGUCUGGUAUAUCACCUGGGUCUUCCUUAUUCCUUCCUGUCUUUCCAAUAUGUAGAAGAAGCCAUUAAGAUUGCAUACUGUGAGAACAAGUGUGGAAAUUGCUCUUACACGGAACCUGAUGUUGAUUAUAUAUGUGAGAACAUCACCAAAAAAGAAGAUGAGACUCUAGCAGGCAUAGAACCUGAACCUGAACCAAGUGGUCAGCAUUCACAUCAUCGCCACCAAGUGCACAAGCACAGACACCACCACCACCACCACCAUCGUGAGGGUGGUCGUCAUUCAAAAAAUCAGAACCAUCAGGCUCCUUCUGAAUCUCAGAGACGUCACCCUCACACUGGUGGGCGUCACAGAAUUUUUAACCACAACAGACAUGAUCAAAUAGGUAGCCAUGAUCAGGUAGAAACUCUUCCUCCAGGAGAAGGUGUGGAAGUUCUUCCACGUGUUACAAAACUAUGAAAAAAGGGGAAAACCAUCUGUAAAAACCAGUUAACUUGAAACUGGCAGACAGCAUCAGACUCAACAACCAAUAGCUGAUGCUGCCAUUGUCGACACCUUUUGUUUGAAGAGCUGGGAAAUUCUGUCACUUGACAGUGUCGCGGAGCACUUCCAAAUUCGUGCAGGUGACACGGCCAGCUGUUAGCAGAGGACAUCACUGAAUCCUGACAGUGACGUCUGCUCACUGCUGCCUGAGAGUCAGCAGCAGCAGGAGGAAGUGAAACUAGUGACACCUGACAGUGACAGGAGGAGGCGGGCAAUUGAGCAUGAAAAACAAACUAAACACUUAAAAAAGGCAGGGGAGUCAUUUACUUAAUUGCAAGACUGGAAAACUAUCAGGUUAGGUAUUUCUAUUGCUCCCAAAUAAAAAUUAGACUAAGAUGAAAGGAGUGUAGAGCUAAAAUUUUGCUAAGAGCAGUGCUCUUGGAAUUCGGCAAGACCGGUCAAACUCCAUCAAUGAAAAUUUCUUGCUAUAAAGGAAUUGGAUUAACCCAUAGUUUGUUUUUCAAUUGCAUUGGAAAGGUGUCUGCUUGGUUGAUUAAUCUGUCUUUCUUGUUUCUCUUCUAACAUUCUGCUUGCAUUUGUGAGGACAGGAGCAUAAACUAUGACCUAGGGGCUCCUGUUUGAUAUUUUGCAAUCAAGAACAGGAGAUAAGCAAAAGAGACAUUUUAAUUUUUUUUUUUUUAAUUAAGAGGGGAUAUAUUCAAAAGUUUUUUUUUUUUCUAAA